GACAUGUCAUCCAAUCGUGAGGCGCUAUUUCCGUCACGUGACCACACCUUGGCUAUUAGCAACAAAAUCUGGAAGGAGGUUGCCCGAAACAGUGCUGGAUGCUGUUGAAAAUAGUGCCAUUUCAAGCUUCUGAUUCUUUGAAUUUUUGUCGGAGGGGUCUAGCAAGUGUCUACAACAUCUUCGGAACAAUCAUACAGGACUAUUAGUGUGGUAAUAUCGUUUGUUUGGCUGCUAAAUGUGGGUCGUGGUUUCCAUGUUGGCGAAGCUGGGGGAGGACCAACCAAGCAACCUUGUCAGCCCUUCCUUCCAGGUUAGACUGUCGUGCCGAGUGAAGACGACAUCUUCAUGAUCUAGAUCGCGCUGGAAUCGAUCAUAAUCCAGUUUCGCGAUAUCCCAGAGGAUUCUUGUAUUAAUCAAAAGGACCCUAAGUUAACUCUUCAGCCGAGUUAACCCUAAGAGACUGCCAAAAUGUCCGCCGCCACAGGGCCCGUGACCGAUAAGAUAGAUCCGUUCAGCAAGAAACAGUCAGUCAAGAAGCCAAAACAGAAGCGAUCCCAGGCCUCCUCACGGUAUAAGGCGAAGGGAGGGACGGAGCUGGUGCCUUUACCACAACUCAAAGAUGCUCCACCAGCCGAGCAGCACGAGCUUUUCAUCAAGAAGCUACAGCAAUGUUCCGUCGUCUUCGACUUCAUGGACUCUGUGUCGGACCUGAAGGGGAAGGAGAUCAAGCGGGCCAGUCUGAACGAGCUGGUGGACUACAUCACAGCCGGCAGGGGUGUGCUGACAGAGCAGGUGUACCCUGAAGUAGUGAAAAUGAUUGCUUCCAACAUCUUCAGAACAUUGCCUCCAAGUGAGAACACAGAGUUUGACCCUGAGGAGGACGACCCAACGUUGGAGGCCUCCUGGCCUCAUCUACAGAUAGUGUACGAGUUCUUUUUGCGGUUCCUGGAGUCUCCUGACUUCCAACCCAGCAUUGCAAAGAAGUACAUAGACCAGAAGUUUGUGCUGCAGCUGCUAGAACUCUUCGAUAGUGAGGAUCCCCGGGAACGAGACUUCCUCAAGACGGUCCUUCAUAGAAUAUAUGGGAAGUUCCUGGGACUGAGAGCAUUCAUCAGAAAGCAGAUCAACCACAUCUUUCUUAAAUUCAUCUAUGAGACAGAGCAUUUCAAUGGAGUUGGGGAGCUGUUGGAAAUUUUAGGAAGCAUCAUCAACGGCUUUGCAUUACCUCUGAAGGCAGAACACAAGCAGUUCCUGAUCAAGGUGCUCAUCCCCCUGCACAAGGCCAAGAGUCUGUCUCUCUAUCAUGCACAGUCUGCCUUCUUUACGCAGCUGGCUUACUGCGUGGUUCAGUUUCUGGAGAAGGACGCCACGUUAACGGAGCCUGUCGUACGAGGCUUGCUCAAGUUCUGGCCCAAGACGUGUAGUCAGAAGGAGGUGAUGUUCUUAGGAGAGAUAGAAGAGAUUCUGGAUGUGAUUGAGCCCUCCCAGUUUGUUAGGAUACAGGAGCCACUCUUCAAACAGAUCUCCAAGUGUGUGUCCAGUCCUCACUUCCAGGUUGCAGAGAGAGCGCUGUACUUCUGGAACAAUGAGUACGUGAUGAGUUUAAUCGAGGAAAACUCCAACGUCAUCAUGCCCAUCAUGUUCCCCAACCUUUAUCGCAUCUCCAAGGAGCACUGGAACCAGACCAUCGUGGCUCUGGUCUAUAAUGUGCUCAAGACAUUUAUGGAGAUGAACAGCAAGUUAUUUGAUGAGCUGACGGCCAACUACAAGGCAGAGAGACAAAAAGAGAGGAAGAAGGAGAAGGAAAGAGAGGAGCUGUGGAAGAAACUAGACGGUCUAGAAAUCAACGCUACAGUUAACAACAAGGAGGUGAAGUCGGUACCUCCGACAUCCACAAACACACCCGUGGCUGGAGCCAGCCCAGCUGUGGGCACCAGAUAUGCCCCCUACUCCCCUACUGCUCACAGACUAAUGGCCAAAUAGUUCCCCCUUAAAGUAGGUCUUUUGUCCGUACUUCAUAUUGAUAAGAAAGAGAAAGGAAUCGUUGAUGUUUAGCAGUUGAUGUUUUGUGGAAAGACUCAUCUUGUACUUGCCACUUUCCUGCUUCCAAACAUGUGUCCUUUUGAGCCAUAGGACAGCUGCACAACUCUCCAAAUACAUCAUUAAAUUCUGAAUGGGGUUCACAACUGAAUUGUUUACUUUCUCCAUUGAGAGGAUUGCAUGGACAGAAGCCUUGGUGCAAAACAUUUGUUCGUAUGUUCGUAUGGGCUCCUAGCACACAUUAUCUUGGGGUCUUUUUUCUUUAAAAAAUUGGCACAUUUUAGCAGGAUGUGACACAACAAGUAGCACUAGAUCAUAGACCUUGUAGCAAAUCUGCUAAUCAAAAUAUGUUUUGAUAGUAGGAGAAACACAGUAAUACUUUGGAGGAUUUUACCAUGGUUUACUCUCAUCAGUAUGUGUAUCUAACGAAAAGCUAAAUUAAGGUGUUAAGCUGCAUUAUCAUAACGCUACAACGCAUUAAGAUUUUUUAAGCUUAAAAUGCCAAUCCUUUUUGUUUCGUUUAUCUUACCAGGUAUUCUAAACCAGAAGUGUUUUAAGAGUUGUGUCACUGGACUAUUAAAAGCUCUGCAGAACACCUAAAAAGAGGGCACUUCCUACUGAUGUUUGUUCUUGUAUUUUGCAACGUACUGCUCAUGUAGUUUUAUACUUUGACCACUGUUUAUCAGACCACUGUUUUUGGUACUGCUGAAAAUGAAGUAUGUUAACCACUCAAUAUGGACAAGUAUGUGAGUUUAAUUUCAGUCUGCAUUUCACCUUAUUUGUAUUGACCUGUUUAAGUACAUUUGUAUCCAAAGAAUGAGUCCCCACAUCAGUCUGUUGUUACAGGUAGGUAGUAAUAUAGCACAAGAAUAUCUUACUCAGGUCACAGUUCAGUAAUAGAUACUGGUUGUCUAAGCAAAAAGAAAGUGACUCUAGGAGUAUCCUACUUCUUGUUAUCCACAUACAUCUCUAACUGUCCAUAGAUUUUAACAUUCACUGCCUUAAGUUUUGAAUGCUUCCAUAGGAAACUGAAUGUGCAACUUUAUGAACUUCCCAUUUUAGACUUACUUAAUACUCUGUACAGUUUAACUGAACAAGUAUGUGGCCUGCAGAUUAGCAAAUGAAAACUUCUUUUGUCCUCAGCACAGAAGUUAUUUCAGUGAUGAAUACAGACACAUACAGUGGUGAUGUGAUACCAAGGCAAGACAUUGUACUCAUAUGCAGAUACAUAAAUAUGCAUAUUGUAAGUCAUGUAGCAAAAUUUCUCUCCUCAACUUGUCAAGGACUCUUAGAACAGAUUUUCGAUGUUAGGUCCAGUGGUGUUUACUUGGAAAAAAAAUAAUAAUACAACAUGUACAUGUAUGAAUAAAAAUGGAAAAUAUAUUGGUAGAAAAGGAAGGUAGAAACAAGUACUUGAUAAGCUUUCCACAAGGUUUGUCAAGAAUCCCUCGGGAAUCUUUGUCCUCUUUCUUGAGGAAUGUUUGGCUUGGGUGGUAAGGUAGUUCUGUGUAUGUGUACAUGUAAGAUAUGUACAAUACUGUUCCUAUGUACCAGUUAAAUGUUAAACUGUGCCAGAUAUGGGGAAGGGGUGAGGGGAUGUAUUUCACUUCAUUUAACUAUUCUUUGUGUCAGUUUCAUUAAAAGUUUAGUGAGUUGUGAGGAUUUCUAUCAUGACAUGGUGUUGACAUUGACAUGACCCAGGCAGUGGUUGUUGCACGCUCCAGAAGGGUGUGUACAACACUGCCGUACAGCUGCUUCUAGCUGCAAGCCUCAAUUCAUAAUGUAUCGUGGUAAAGUUGAGCGUGACUGUAUAGAAAUUAUUUGUAUGCUUUUUUCCGCCACAUCACGAGUAUCUUAGAGCAUGCUGGGAAGACGGACUCAGAAACAGGAGGUUUUACGUACUCAAAGGUGGAUGGUUGUGUUGUGCCAUGACAGGAGUUUAUAAGCAGCGUCCAUCUUGUUUUGAAACGUCCUCAUUUUGUAAGACAUUUUUUAAACAUGCCUUUCCCAGAAUGCUCCUUGAUAGGCUGGUUGUUUGUGUAUACCCUAUAGGACAGUCUAUAAAGACAAUCAAGCUUUUUUGUUACUAAGUUAUGACAUCGGAUGUUUACACAUGUUGUAUAUUGUUAUAGGGUGAAUGGUUUAUGUAUAUCAAAAUGGUAAAAAUAUCAAUUUGUGUUUUGUAAAUAGUCAUCCUUAUAAAUUUGAUUUGUGCAUUGGGAAACAUGACAAACAUGGUGUACUCAUAGAUGCUAAGUGUGCAUUUUAGUUUUUUCACCUGUCUAGAGAGGUUUUGUUCGUUGCACGUGCGUGAGUUGUUGAGAAUCUCUUUGAAAUGUAUUGUGCACCUUCCAGACUUACCCAUUGAAGAGGAAAAUAAGACACAUGAUUGUUCUAAGCAAGACAUGACAUUUCAAGGAAAAUGACCAGUCAUAAGUGGUGUUUUCUUUCCCAUAUAUGGUAUGUUGUUGUUGUUACCAUGUCAGUAGACUGGGUCACAUGACAGGUCUUGUGCCCAGGAUGGCAGAUCUUGUGUCCAGGACACAGAAGCACACAGUCUGCAGUAUGGUAUUGAACUAUCAUUCCGGAUUGGUAUGCACAAAAUUUUCUUGUCACUUGCAAUUAAUAAAAGAACUGACCUAUUGGUAAA